UGGCAACAGCGCACGACCCAUGGCUGAUUUCUGGAGAAAAUCGCUGGUUCUCCCACAUUGUUGUGCUCAUCUCCCGUGCGUUCGUAAAAUUCUUGCAAAAAUUACCGACUCUUGGAUUUUUGAACAUUGAAAAUAUUUGCCGGGAAGCAGAAGGGAGGACAGUCGGUCUAUGGCCCCAGCAGAAGAGUCAGACAGCGGAAUGGAGUCUUUGUCUGCCAGCAGCAAGGAUCUCACGCCUGAGAAGCCAACGGCCGGUGCCAUCACAGAAGAUGACGAGGAGGAAGUUGAGGACGAAUCUCUGACAGAGAGACUGUGGGGCCUGACAGAAAUGUUCCCCGAGCCUGUGCGAAAAGCAGCGGGUUCUACUUGUUCCGCGACCUGUGCCAGCGCCAAAGGCCUCUAUUCAUUCCUCAGAGUUUCGUCGUGGGUCUUCUUCUCGUCGGCCGUCAUCUUGUUUGCUCCUGUGAUAUUUGAAACGGAGCGCAUCCAGGUGGAGGAAAUGCAAAAGCAGCAAAAUAGACAACUUCUGCUUGGCCCUAAUGCAGCGAUGGUGGGAGGUGCGGGACCUCAACGGUAAAUUUCUGCUCUAGCCGUAGUCAUAUUUGUUGAGCAAGAAGCAAGUUCGUUAAACAUGAAACCAGCCGAAUAUCAUCGAAGAGAGACAUUUAUUUCUUUUUGUCUAGCAAGAAGUGCAUAAAGAAAACUGAAUGAGUUCGGAAACUUGUUUUUGUCUUCUUUAAAAGGUGAGCUCAAACUCUAUCUAUGAUAGGGAAGUUCUUCAACAAGUCUUGCUGGACUGUUUAGUUUUUCCUCAUUCUCAUAUGCUAUUCUUUAUGUUUGAAGGAAUGUGUGCGUUUGUUGUGCUGUAAUAACUAUGAAAUAAUUAAAGAAAUAGGCAUUACAUCAUUUAACAAGCAAAACUUG